GGGAGGCACUCGAGGCACUAAAUUGGGUCAAUACGUAAAGGUCACAUGGGGUGCGGUUUUUAUACCGGGUAUGUUGGUAAUGGGUGCUUGCAUAAUUGCAUUUCUCACACCUUUUGCAGGCCGUGAACUAAAGUACUCAACCUUUGCUAGUUAUAAGUGUAGUAACAUUAAGGGCCUUGGCAGGUAUCAGCAAAACUCAGUCAAAGCGAUACCGGUAUACCAUUAACGCCGGGCAUGUCGGACGUUGACGAGGUCGAGGGCGGGAAGUGGGAAGCUUGGAACCGUCUUCUUGCUGGUGUAGCUGGGCGUAUCUCCUGUGGAGGUUUCCAUGAAGAUGAUACUCUGGAACGCGUUUAUGAUCUCGCCAUGGAACUUCGUGACAGGCUUCGUUACUGCCAGGGCCGACUGCGGUCCGUGAAGCAGGAACUGGCUGCAGCGGUGGGCGGCGCGCGGGCUGAGCGGCAGGAGGCGCUGCUGCGGCUGCAGGAGCUCGAGCUGGAGGUGGCGAGGCUGGGGGCGGCGGUUCAGGCGCAGGGUAUGAGUCUGACGGCCAAGGAGUCAUCCACCCAGUCUCAGGCCUUCGAGAACGAGCACCUGCGGCGGCGAGUGGCGCUACUGGAGAGCCAGCUGCAGCGUGCUGAGGAAGACAGACUGUCCAGCCUCUCCGAGCGCAAUGAGGCGCUGCACCACCUGGACACCGUGACACGACUGCUGGAGGAGUCGGAGAGCCGCAUAGCGGAGGCGCAGGCGGAGCAGGGCGGCCUGCUGGGCGAGCUGGUCGCCACCAAGGAGCGGCUGGCCGGCAUGUGCGGGCUGGGGGCGCUGUACGGCGCGGCGCGGGAGGAGCUGGGCCGGCUGGAGGGCGAGAACGCGGAGCUGCGGGAC